CAGCGUGAAGAAGAAGACGGCCUCUGUCCACGCAUGCGCAGCUUGUUGACCUUCCAUAGGAGCAGCAUGGCAGCCCGGGCGCUGGCGAAAGGUCUUUGUGGGCUGCGACCCCUCAGGGGGGUUCCAGUCGGGUUCUCCUGUGGGGGACAUCAGUACGCCACCGCAGCCUCCAUAAAACCUCCUCAGCCCCAGGUAGACGACGGGACAGAGAAAAUGUUCAGCCAGACCCUGGAGAAGCCGGACUACUUCCGUGUGUCAGAGCUGAUCUCCCUGAAGGAGCUGUUUGAUGCCAGAGUCCACCUGGGCCACAAGAAAGGCUGCAGACACAGGCUUAUGGAGCCUUACCUGUAUGGCUGUCGUUUGGACCAGGACAUCAUAGAUCUGGACCAGACCAUGCAGCACCUCCAGCAGGCUCUGAACUUCACAGCCCACAUAGCGUUUCGUGGUGGCGUGAUCCUGUUUGUCAGCCGUAGGCGUCAGUUUGUCCACCUGGUGGAGAGUACAGCUAAGGACUGCGGAGAGUACGCACACACUCGGUACUGGCAGGGCGGCCUCCUCACCAACGCCCCCAUCCAGUACGGCCCAGGAGUCCGCUUACCGGACCUCGUGAUCUUCCUCUCCACUCUCAACAACGUGUUCCAGCAGCACGUGGGAAUCCGGGACGCUGCUAAGAUGAACAUCCCGACAGUGGGUGUGGUGGACUCGAACUGCAACCCCAGCCUGGUGACGUACCCGGUGCCCGGGAACGACGACACCCCAGCCGCCAUGGAGCUGUACUGUCGCUUAUUCAAGAUGACCAUCAACCGCGCCAAAGACAAGCGGAGGCAGAUGCAGAUACUGCAAGGCCUGUCAGCACCCUCCACAGCAAACUCAUGACAUGAUCAAUCAAAACAAAAGACUUCAAUAGGUUAAUAUCAGUCCGGACUGUCUGCUGCAUCACAUGGUCAUGCAUCUGUGCUGUGAUUGGUCACCCACUGUCCUUCAAGGCUGGCGUCAAUGUAUAUGCUACUCAUUACCCAUAAAUCUUUGUUUUUUCACUAUGAUGCGUCAUCCUUGAGUGCUAAGUUGUUCAAGAUAGCUGUCCAAAUUAAAAUCUGUCACACCCCUGA